UUAGAGGGGAUGGAAAUGAUUGGAGGAAGGUUUCCCGCGCAACUAAUGGGAGUGGCCGGGUCCUUACACUGCGCAUGCGCUAAAAACCCUAAAAUCCUGAUCGUGACACAGCCCCAAAAAACUCCGUUACUUCAAUCUAACUCCGUCUAUUCUCGUAUACUUCCGUGCAUUUGUAAAAUGGAGGAGAUUGGCAUAUUCGAUCAUCAGCCACAGAAUCAAGAAAAGGAGACCCCCUCUCGUCCCACGACCAGUUCCAAUACUGCCACUGAACAUGAAGAAGACUUGUAUAUAAAAUUCAAAAAACUUCAAAGGCAAAUUGACUUUUUACAGGUUCAAGAGGAUUAUAUAAAAGAUGAGUUAAAGAACUUAAGGCAAGAGUAUCUUUAUGCGCAAGAAGAAGUUAAACGUAUUCAAUCAGUACCUCUAGUCAUUGGGCAGUUUUUAGAAGCAGUUGAUCAAAACUAUGCAAUCGUAGGAUCUACCACUGGUCCUAAUUAUUAUGUUCGUGUGUUAAGUACUCUUGAUCACGAGUUGUUGAAACCCAAUUCGUCUGUCGCUUUACACAAACACUCAAAUGCACUUGUUGAUGUAUUACCACCAGAAGCAGACUCAAGCAUUGCUAUGUUAACGGCUGAUGAGAAACCUGAUGUCUGCUAUUCAGAUAUUGGUGGAAUGGAUAUACAGAAGCAAGAGAUAAGAGAAGCUGUUGAACUUCCCCUGACACAUUUUGACUUGUACAAGCAGAUUGGUAUUGAUCCACCGAGAGGCGUGUUGCUCUUUGGACCACCUGGAUGUGGAAAAACCAUGCUUGCUAAAGCUGUUGCUCACCACACGACUGCUGCAUUCAUUCGCGUCGUGGGGUCCGAGUUUGUUCAGAAAUAUCUAGGAGAGGGUCCGAGGAUGGUACGGGAUGUGUUCAGACUGGCCAAGGAGAAUGCUCCUGCCAUUAUAUUCAUAGACGAGAUUGAUGCCAUAGCAACCAAACGGUUUGACGCUCAGACUGGAGCCGAUCGUGAAGUCCAGCGUAUCCUACUGGAACUCCUUAACCAGAUGGACGGGUUUGACCAGACGGUAAAUGUCAAAGUGAUAAUGGCCACCAACAGGGCGGACACUCUGGAUCCAGCCCUCCUACGUCCUGGACGCUUGGAUAGAAAAAUAGAGUUUCCACUCCCGGACAGACGACAGAAGAGGCUCGUGUUUUCAACGAUUACGAAUAAAAUGAAUUUGUCGGAAGAGGUCGAUCUUGAGGAUUAUGUUGCUAGGCCGGAUAAGAUAAGUGGAGCCGAUAUAAAUGCCAUUUGUCAGGAGGCCGGCAUGCAGGCAGUGAGGGAAAACAGGUACAUCAUCCUACCGAAGGAUUUUGAAAAGGCGUACAAGAAAACCAUCAAAAAAGAUGACCAAGAGCAUGACUUUUACAAAUGAACCAUGUACCAUGUACUGAUCAUUAUUAUUAACAUUAUAGUUAUUCAUAAGUUAUUAAUAGUUA